AUACAGUUUGUAAUGUGAUUUUGUAGAUCCAUCUCCUAUAUGAGUAUGGGAUUUUUUCAGCAUGGAACAAAUAAAAAUACUAUGCCUAAUAUCUAUAACUUUAUUUGUUUUGCCAGUGAUUUCACUGCCCUAUCUAACAGAAAGAAGUCAGAGAUUACACAACUUUACGCUGGAAACAAGUAGGGCGUACUUCAUUUUUAACGAUAAUCUGAUACUUGAACCCGAUGGAGUCACUGAUCCGCGAAGUGUUGUGUAAACAGAGUGACGGCGAGUCGAAACGGCGAGACUAUACCCGUAGUCAGCAAAAUGCCGGAGGGUCAAACGGUUACCCCCCAUCCGUACCACCCCCGCUCGCUCUCCCUGCCAGGGUAUAGGCCUAACCAAGUCCCCAUCUCGGAACUUCUGGGGCUGUUUUUCGGCUUGGUCGCCGUGGUGCUAAUUGGAACGUGGAUAUUAGCGGGUCGAUAUAACAAACGAGGGGCGGAUCGAGUCGUUAUAUGUUGGUUUGUGGUAUGUGGUUUCAUUCAUUGUGUACUGGAGGGUUACUUCGCUGCCAAUCAUGAAACGCUCAUCGGGGGCGGAUCUUACCUAGCCGAAAUGUGGAAGGAAUACUCCCAUGGUGACAGCCGGUAUAUCACAUCGGACUCUUUCGUCGUAUGCAUGGAGACCAUCACUGCAGUCAUAGACGGCCCCCUGAGUUUUGCGACGGCCAUUGCUCACUUGACCGGAAGUCGUCACCGGUACCCUCUACAACUAAUUGUUUCUCUUUGUCAACUCUACGGCGAUACACUUUAUAUGUGCAUCGAGGUCAAGGACGAUUUUAUUCACGGGGAGUUCGGACAUCCUUUGCAUUUUUGGUUUUAUUUUGUGUUUCUGAAUUUGUUCUGGAUAUUUGUACCCUUGAUCCUCAUAGUGCAGGCGUAUAGAGCUUUGAUAGUGACACCUGGUGGCGACUCAAGGAGGGCAAAGGGAAGUAAAUACAAGUAAAGAGAAGGAAAUAAACAACUGAGGGACUUUAUGUACUGUUCACUUUUUAAAAAACCGUCAGCAAACCAGAAACGAGAAGUCGAGAAGAAUGACAGACUAGCAAAUGACAAACUUACAGACAGACGCACAGACAGUAAGACAGACAGGCAAAAGACAAACUUACAGACAGACGGACAGACAGCAAAACAGACGGACGGACAGACAGGCAAAAGACAAACUUACAGACAGCAAGACAGACAGGCAAAAUACCUCAACAGAAAAAAAACCUUACUGACAGACAGCAAGACAGACGGACGGACAGACAGGCAAAAGGACAAACUUACAGACAGACUGACAGACAGCAAGACAGACUGGCAAAAGACAAACUUACAGACAGAUUGACAGACAGCAAGACAGACAGGCAAACUACCUCAACAGAAAAAAACUUACAGACAGACUGAAAGACAGCAAGACAGACGGACGGACAGACAGACAAAUUUUCAAUCAAAUAUGUCCGUUGUGUGAUACACUGGUAUCAGAGGAACACGACGUCAGAGCGACAGGAAAAAAAUCUUUCAGACAGACGGACAGACAGCAAGACAGACAGAUAGACAUACUAGAUAUAUACAUGUAUAUAGCCGUUACUAAAUGCAGCGUUUUUAAGUAAUAGAUGGACGAUAUAUUAUGCCGAAUGCCUUUCAGUUUUGUCAAGCUUUCUCUUCAUUAUUAGUUAAUAUUAUGAAGUGAUUUUGAAUGUUGUUUCAAUAUUAGACUUGUAAUAUCCAUACGAGCCAGAAGAAAAAUGUGUGACUUGGUACGAAUGUGUAUGAAAUAUUUUAUUUAUGAAUAAAGAUAUUAUGUCAAUCAAUGCAUGCAUAAUUACA